UCUGCGCGUAGCUCGGGACGUCCGGACCGGGCUGGGGUACGAGCCGGGUUUGGAUUCCCUUUGCGCGGCUGCGCUGCAGCGACGGCACGGUGCCCGGGUUUCCCGCCGCAGAGGAGCAGCUAGCCCGGGGGAGCCCACGCUGACCGCCCGCCUGUUGCCCGCGCAGGCAGCCGGCCCGCCGCCAUGGCCGACCACCUGAUGCUCGCCGAGGGCUACCGCCUGGUGCAGCGGCCGCCGCCCGCCGCGCCCGCCCUCGGCCCUCACGCGCUCCGGACUCUGCAGCCGUACGCCGGCCCGGGCCUGGACAGCGGGCUGCGGCCGCGGGGGGCUCUGCUGGGGCCGCCGCCGCCCCCACCCGGGGCCCUGGUGUUCGGGGCCUUCGGGCCGCCGUCCUCCUGCCAGCCCUUUCCGGCGGUGCCGCCGGCGGCCGCGAGCAGCGCACACCUGCAGCCUGCGGCGACGCUGUACCCGGGCCGGGCGACCGCGCCCCCCGCUCCCCCAGGAGGCUCCCCGGGCCCGCAGCCCGCGCCCGCCACCGCGGCCCCGCCGCCUGCGCACGCCCUGGGCGGCAUGGACGCCGAGCUCAUCGACGAGGAGGCGCUGACGUCGCUAGAGCUCGAGCUCGGGCUGCACCGCGUGCGCGAACUGCCCGAGCUCUUCCUGGGCCAGAGCGAGUUCGACUGCUUCUCGGACUUGGGGUCAGCGCCGCCCGCUGGCUCGGUGAGCUGCUGACUGCCCGUCGGACUCCACGCCCAGCGAUGGGCCCGCACGCACCCUCCGUGAGGGUGGAGACGGCGGGUUUGAGCGCGGAGCCGGGCAGCGUCCCUCCAGGCCCUGCCUACUGCGGGGUGACAGUUUGGCUUCACUUCUUUGACCCUAGCCUCGGCGGUAAAGUGAAGGAGACUGGCCCAGCUUUCUGACUCCCGGUUCUUGGAUUCUGUGUUCUCUCUCUUUCCUCGCUCCCCUCCCAAUCUGAGCCAUUGCAGGCCUCUGCCUGAUUUCCCCCUCUCUCCUCGUGCCACACUCUACCGGGAUUAGGUCCCCGGAGCCACCAACCACUGAGCCCCGACUCCCGCUACCUGGGCCCUGGGCCUCCCACCUCGGGGAAGGGAAGGUUGUACAGCCCUAACCCAUGGAGCAGUGCCCCAUCUGGCCUCCAAAACCAAAA